GAGUACGUAUAAGUAGUGAUGAAGCCACUGAGGUGCUGGGACCUGACAGCUGUGUGUGAGGUGGCUUUGAAAGUGAGGCAGGUGCAGGUACAGUGAGCCAGGAGGACACCCUCUAUAGACUCCCACCCUCAGGUCCCACCUCCACCACUAAGUAGUAUCUCUGCCCAGAUGUUUCCUGGUUUGUUGUUGUUUAGUCGCUCAGUUGUGUCUGACUCUUUGCAGCAUGCCAGGCUUCCCUGUCUUUCUCUAUCUCCCAGAGUUUGCUAAAAGUCAUGUUCAUGGUUAGGGUCUCAGUUUCCCCACAUAUUCUCACUACAAUGUCUUCUUUCACCAUCCAGCCUGAUUUCUUUAGCCUCAUGCUCAAUACAUAUUUGUGGGAAAUGCUAAUUUUAAAAGAUGAUGCUUUUUAAAGCCAAAUGACAGCCCUGUGCUCAGAGCCUAGUGCAGGGCAUGUUUCACAGCUGGCCUGGCCACAGCAGCCAGUCACUGCACAUGGCUGUGGGGGACUCCUGCAAACCUGGUGUCAGCUCAGCUCAGCCCUCAGCUUGUGAUCAUUGGAUGUGGUUUUGCACCUCCAUGAACCCCAGUCUGCUCACCAAUGAAACAGGGAACAGUGCUGCUGUGGGAAGAUCGCCCUGAGCAUCCAGCUGCAGGUGGUGAAGGUGGAGUGUGUGGAGUGUGGAGAUGGUGGGCUGGGAUCUCCUAGCCCAGGUCUUCUGGCUGCUUCCUCACUUUCCCAGAUUCACUGACUAGUCACAGAGGUAGGCCCGGGGCGCCCACUCCAUGUGCGUGCUGCAGUGGGUGCUCCCUUGUGCCCAGUACAUUUAGCAGAGGAUCACCCUGUUCUCAAACUAGCAUCUUGCUUCUUUGCACUUCAACUGUAUUUGUUGGUAGUGGGGGGUAAAUAAAAAUCUAAAACGAAAAAAAUCAUUUUUUCCCAGUGUAAAAGGAAUCUCUCCUUACCCUUUUCUUAGAGCAUUUACUCUAGAAUCCUUAUAGGUUGUCUUUUUGAGAUGUAUGUAAACAUUUUUAAAGGCCAAAUAGGCCUUUAGCUAGUUGAACAACCUAGGAAUGUUUUCUUCUCAGGGAUCUGGAUGACAAAGGAGUCAUCCUUUUGAAAUGUCAGCCUAAGUUCCAGGGAGCACCAGGCUUCCAGUUGCAACCCCACCUCCUAUGGGAAUGAGAAAUGUAUCUCUCCUUUGGGUGAAGACAAGUAGCGAACCCAAGGGGCCACUCCAGUGGCCGGGUGAAUUUAGGAUGCACUCUGACAAGUAGUGCUGUCAGUCCUCAUACUUGAGAGCGGGUCGCGAGGGUCUCAGCAACGUGGCUACAUAAACGGUUGGACUUCUUGGAGUCUUCAAAUCCCGAGGCGGAGGGGCUGCGAAGAGUCUCACGUUCUGAUUUAAGACCUUUCUACACCUUCUGCUUCCUUCCUCCUCCACUCGGUGGAGAGGCUUGUCGCCCUGGCAGAACACAGUUACGCAUCCUUUCCCACUGUGGGAACCUGCCUGGCUGGAAGGGGCUUUCGGAGAAUCUGGACCAUCUGACCUAUAAGAAUGAACCCUGCCCACAUCCGGAAGGUGGCGCUCUGCGCCCACGGACCACACGGCUGCGGUCCGCUCCCCUCGGCGGAGCCACAGGACCGCUGCUCACGUGACGUGCGGGCUCGGCGCCGAGUCCCGCCCCGCCCACCGCGUGCUCACGCUCCGCCCCCGAACAGAGCGGAGCAUCCCGGGUCCUGGAGCAUCCCUGGCUGCGCUCUGUGGUGCGAUGAGGGUCUGGAGCUCAGAGCACGUGUUCGGAUUUUGGGGACCAGUAGGACUUUGACAUACAUCAGAGAACAUUCUGUUGUGGAUCCAGUGGAAAAGAAAAUGGAGCUCUGCUCCACCAAUGACCGUGCUCACCCAGGAAGCUGUCAUCACCGUGAAGGGAGUCAGCCUCGGCAGCUAUCUGGAGAGUUUAAUGGCCAACACGAUAUCGUCCAACGCAAAGAAGGGGCUGCUGUGCUGGAGGCCUGUGGAGAAUCACGGCUUCUCCAGCUGUCAUUACCAUCCCACAGCACCCCAGACCAGGGCUGGGCCGCUAUUGAGUGGAUAAUUGAAAAUGCGGAACGCGCGCUGAGCUAACGAGGCCUGCAGCGCCCCCCCCCCCCCCCCCCAUCCCCGUGCUUAGCGGCGGUAGCUACAGGAUUCCUGAACCAGGAGGAUGUGGCGCCCACUGGGCUCCCAGCGGCGUGUGCGGCCCGCGUGCUGGGAGGGGUCUGCGGGAUGCAGCUCUGUGUGGGGCCCUGCCCUGUAGAGAAAGACCGAACUGGUUUCAUCCUCCUCCUGACGCACCAGCUCGUUUUGUGGCGAUAUUUGUGUUCAGGUUUGUCAUCUCGUCUCCAAGGGCAGUUUGGCUUUUCCUGCAAGCGGUUCUCAGCACGCAGUCAUGUGUUCUGGGACUGCUGUGUCCUUUGCAGGAGGGUCUCACCAGCAGGUCCAGUGUGGAGGGCUGAUCUGAAGGGGAUUUUAUUGGGAGUAAGACUGGAGUGCCUGCCCACGAUCUUGUGCGGAUGCCCCAGGCUCAGGUGUCAGCAUUGUGGCCAGUAGGCUGCCCUUCCUGCUGCUGCCAGCCGUGUGCCAUCACUGGCCCUUCGUUUUUAGUGCUCAAAGUCGUUUCCCAGCAUCUCUUUGAGCUUCUCAAAUACUCUUUGUUUUCCUCCCCUGAGCGUCUGGGGUUUCAGGGCAGAUUUGACGCUGGCGUGGUCAGCAGUCAUCUCUGCUUCAUAAGGUCAGAGUUCACGGCUCCCUCUGCUGAGAGAAUCCUUACUCUCCUUGCCCUGGAACUCCUCCUACUCUUGGCUUUUCAAGCUCUGGCCCCGCUUCCCACCCUCAGUUGGUCUGUCUGCAGCACAUAUGCACGCUUGGCGCUUCAGUCAGCAGACAUGAGCCCUGUGGCUUGGGCUUCUUUAAAGAGCUUCCUGCUUUUUGCCUAAGGCACUGAUGCAUAGGUUUGCCAGAACCUUCACCUUGAACCCAAGGUCAUGACCUUCUUCCUUGAAUGCACCACUAAGCUGAUCACAAGCAGAGAGCCUACCUGACUGCUGAGCAUCCUACUUGUGCGUGUGCAUGUGUGUUUGGUGUGUGUCUGAUGCUGUUGCUUUGAAUUGUGGACCCUAUCACAUUCUCUUGCCUCACAAUCUAGAGCUCAACUGCCUCAAUCUUUAAUGAUGCCUCACCAAAAAAAGAAACAGAAGAGAAGAAGUGAGUCCGGAGCAUGGUCCUGGCUGGACUGGGAGAGGCGGGAGCUCCCGGGUCACAGCCAUCAUCAGGCUGGUCGGCUGUGACCUCACAGGACAGGAGGCCUGACCAGUGGCACUGCCCAUGGGGCAGACCUGCUGGGAGCAGGGCAGGCUGCCUUGCUGCCCACUGCACGUUGAGCCUACGCGCCUGCUCUGCUGCGCCUGAGCCUGGUUUUCUCAGAUGGCUGUGGGGCCUCCUCUGUCCUUCCCUCAGUCUCAUCUGUCCUCCCCUCAGUGCCAGCUCUCCUGCCGACUCUUGGGGUCUCGCAAGAGCUUUCUCUUUGCAGAGGAUGCCCCAUUCCCCUCCCUUGCCCUUGAUCCAUAGGCUCACUGCCUAUCUCUUCACACAUCUGGCCACCAGCUGUUACCUCAGACGUAGCUGACAUGUGUCCCUGUCUUACCCCUUCAUGGAUCUGCACAUGCUAGAGAGUCGGGCAUCCACCCUGAUGGUGACACGGGGAUAGUUAGGAUUGGCCUGGAGAGCCAUUUGCUCUGUCCUGUGGCUGCGAUGAGACUGCGCACCAUCUGGGACCCCCCGCCUGGACUGCAGCCUGGGCUGGUGGUUCCAAGCUCUCAGCUGUUCUGCUGACAUCAAGGUACCUCCAACUGGGAGUUUUAAUUUUCUCAAUUUUCAAAAAUAAAAAAUUUUGUGUUUUAAAUGAUAAUUCUAGACAAGCUGUUCUCCAUAAAGGAAGGUUGGAACUGUAUUCUACCACUUUUUUUUAGAUACUGCUUUUCCUUUGAUAUUAAUACUUCCAAUCCAAAAUUAAAAUUCAUUUUUAUUUUUGAGACUUUUAUGCACAUAGCUUUAAAGGUAAAAUAGUUAAAAGAUUUAUGACAAAAACAGUCCCUCUUACCCUUUCCACAGAGCAUGCUUCUACCCUUCUGUAGACUCUCUUGGCAGUUUUGGCGUUUACUGUUAGAUUCCUAAAAUAAAUGAGCAUACUCUGCUAUUUCUUGAUUCAACAAUUUUAGAUUAAAUCUGUUGACUUCCUGCUAUGAUAGAUGGUUAUUUUCUCUCUCACAUCUUCCCAUCUCCAGUAUAGCUGUGUUGUAACUUAUGGUUAAUUAUUUCUAUAAUUAAAAUAUACAUAACUACUAUUUAUUACCAAG